GACUUUAUAACUGACUAUCCGUUUCUUACCCAAUAUUUCGCUUUACUUUUCGCGCUGUGUCAAUGCGUGAUGGCUACUGCUGCGACGACAGCGAACUCUGACGAGUUGUAUUUGGCCGGUGAGAGAGCGUUGAAAGAGAAAAGAUACGACGAUGCCAUCGAGAAAUUAUCAGCAGCAGUUGAAAAGGACAGCAGUAACUCACUCUGUUUGAUCAAGCGAGCGGAAGCGUACAUUCGUAUCAAGGAGUACACAGAGGCUUUGAAUGAUGCAAAUCGAGCCGUUUCUCUCAAUCCAAAAUCGUCAUCCGCGAUGCUCGUCAAAGGUGUGGCUUUGUUUUAUGUGGAAGAGUACGAGUCUGCGUUGUCUGUGUUUACGGAUGGUAUAGAAAUGGGAAGCAGUGAAAACACACUAACACUCAAGCAAUGGAGAAGGAAAUGCAAUGCAGCACUCGACAUUGAACACCAAGAGGAUGAAGGUGCCACCAAAGAUGACGUCUUGAUUGGCAUUGGAGUCGAACCUCCAAGGUCUGCACCUGCUGUGGUGCAAGGUUUGUCUGUGAACGACUCAGAUGUGAAACGACAAGCUGACGUUGUAACACCCAAGACAAGAUACGAUUGGUAUCAGACGAUGUCGCAUUUGAUAGUGACGUUGAUGGUGAAGAAUGCAAAGAAGGAGGACUUGAAGGUCGAUUUUGGACACCAAACGUUGAGUGCCAGCGUGAAGCUACCAACCGGCAGUGAAUACUCUCUUGAAUUGGAUCUCCAACACCCCAUUUACCCCAAGAAAUGCACCACAAAAAUCCUCACCACAAAGAUUGAAAUCAAAAUGCCGAAGGUCACCGCAGUCCAAUGGACGGCAUUAGAACACAGUGGAGAGACGGCAGUGAAAGUGAAGUCAGCGGCAGUAGCUUCUUCUUUGUCUUCUGGUCAUCCGACUUACCCGACAUCGACUCGUUCUGGUGCAAACAGAGAUUGGGACAAGUUAGUCGCUGAUAUCAAACAGGAAGAGAAAGAUGAGAAGUUAGAUGGAGAAGCGGGACUUAAUAAGUUUUUCCGUGAGCUCUAUGGUAAUGCAAGUGAGGAGACGAAACGAGCCAUGAACAAGUCAUUUGUCGAAUCCAGCGGCACAGUCCUAAGCACCAACUGGUCGGAAGUCGGUAAGGACAAAGUAGAAAUAAAACCUCCCGACGGUAUGGAGUUCAAAUCGUAUGAAAUCUGACAUAACAAGACUACACUAAUUGCCUAGUCUACAUACUCACUAUAGUCACACUCAACUUAUCAAUCCUCAAUGUCAUUUCCUUCAGUGAAUGUUAAUGAUGUUGACUCCCACCUUGUGGGAGGAGAAAGUCCAAA